GAAAGUGCAAACACUAUCCUUAGAAAGAAGUCGCAUUGCAUUGCCUUGCAUUGCAUUGCAUUGCAUUGGCGCAGCACUUGUUGUAUGUUGGUGUUGAACGAUGACGGCGUUUGAGCGUGAAAGCCACCCUCCGUUUCCGUUACUGUUAGUGUUACCGUUACUGUUACUCUCUCCGACGAAUGCCUCCAUCCACGACUACUCCAACGAGGCCUUCACCCACCGCUCCGACGCCUUCUUCUUCCACGGCGGCAGCGAGGCCCUCUUCGCCAAAUCCUUCAUCAGGUUCGAAACGGUGACGUUCACGCGCCCUCGCGAAUCCGCCAGCGUGCACGGCUCGAUGCAGCAGAACUCGGGGCUCGUGGAGGCCAUAGUCCUCGAGGUUCGGGAUCGGAACCGGAUCGGAGGCACGUUCCUCAAAUCCGAUUUGCUCUGCUGCGAUCCCAAGCUCGCCAAGGAAGGAAACUGCAACCUCGGCGAAGUCAUUAUCCAGAAGAAUCCCGAUAACCCCCAAUUCCCCAAACGCAUCAAGACCUUCUUUCAGGGAACCAACGACGAGAUCAAGAUGGAGACGCAAACCUUGGAGAUCAACGCCACCGGGAUGUACUACCUCUACUUCAUGUUCUGCGACCCUUCGCUUAAGGGCACCACCAUCCAGGGAAGGACCGUGUGGAGAAACCCUAAAGGUUACUUGCCUGGGAAAAUGGCACCUCUUAUGACCCUUUAUGGCUUUAUGUCUCUAGCUUACUUGUUAUUAGGGCUUGCUUGGUUUUUGAGGUUUGUUCAGUUCUGGAAGGAUAUCAUUCACUUGCAUUAUCAUAUCACUGCUGUUAUUGCGCUUGGGAUGUGUGAGAUGGCUGUGUGGUAUUUUGAGUAUGCUAAUUUCAACUCCACUGGGGCUAGGCCCAUGGGGAUUACCCUCUGGGCAGUUACCUUUACCUCUGUUAAGAAGACUCUCUCGCGGCUGCUGCUGUUGGUUGUGUCCAUGGGGUAUGGGGUUGUUCGCCCCACGCUCGGUGGGCAUGGGAUUGCUUACAGAGUGUUGCUGCUUGGCUUGUUCUAUUUUGUUGCCUCGGAGGCGCUUGAGCUUGUUGAGCAUUUGGGGAAUAUUAAUGACUUCUCCGGGAAGACUAAGCUGCUUUUGGUGCUCCCUGUCGUUUGUCUCGAUUCCUGCUUCAUUCUGUGGAUUUUCUCGUCGUUGUCCAAAACCUUGGAGAAACUGCAGGCAAUUUCACUUUAUCUAUAUCAUUCCUAGUGUGUUGUUGUUGUCGUUGGUUGGUUUGUCAUGGGAAUGGAAAUGUUGCAUUGGUUUGUGAUUUGACUGUGUUUGAGUUAGUGUUGUUGGGUUAUAGCAGGCAAGAGUUGUGUGCUUUUUUGGACUGGUUACUUUUGUGUAACAAUUGUGGUUCUAUUUUGUGUUGAAAU